AUGCAUGACCCCCUCAAAAACAACAGUAAGGCUAAGGCUGCUCACACCGUUGGAAGUGACCCAGCUGUAGAGGAGAUCAACAAGGAUGGACAAGGGAUUACUGAGAAUACCAAUGUUACCGAGGAUGUCAAUGACAUCAAAAAUAAUGAGCAUCCUAAGGCCAAUACCGAAACUGGUACUAAUGUGGUAAACUUAGAUGAGUACUCUGACAACGAAUUACUUACCUCCUUGAAUCUAAGUGUAGCCAACAAACUAAUGACAAGAAGAAAAGGAAAAGAUGUUGUCCAAAGAUCCCCGAAAAAGAGCAUACAAGUGAAAAUACCUGCCAAAGAUACUUCCAGAAAGAAGAGUACUUCUGCUGGUCCUAUCAAGAGCAAAGCUGUAACUAAGAGUACAGGGGUUGGUCCAUCAAAAUCUUGGAGCAGGGUCAUUCCAAAGAAAAGAAAGAAGCGGGAAAUUGUUGAACCUGAGUCUGAUGUUGAAGUGAAUGUUCCUGACAUCCCAUCAAGGAAGAAGCCUACAACCAACAAGCUUGCUGCUAGUAUCCCUAAAGUUCCUAUAGAUAGUGUGUCAUUCCACUAUGCCUCCAGUGCCAGCAGGUGGAAAUAUGUUCUUCAAAAGAGAUUAGCCGUUGAAAGGGAAUUGGCUCCAAAUGCUCUUGAGAACAAAGAGGUCUUAGAGCUAAUUCAAGAAGCUGGUCUAUUAAAGACUGUUUGCAAUCUUCCUAAAUGUUAUGAGAAGCUGGUCAAAGAAUUUGUUGUGAACUUAUCUGAAGAUUGUGGCAACAGCAGGAGUGUGGACUUCAGAAAAGUGUUUGUGAGAGGUAAGUGUGUAUCAUUCUCUUCGUCUGCGAUGAAUAAAUUCUUGGAAAGAACAGAUGAAGCUCAAACUGAGCUUGAAGUAACAGACAACAAAGUUUGUCAAGUGAUCACAGCCAAGCAAGUAAAUAGCUGGCCUCUAAAAGAGAAGCUAACUGCAAGUAAGCUGAGCAUCAAGUAUGCAAUGCUUCACAAGAUAGGAGCAGCUAAUUGGGUACUAACAAAUCACAAGUCCACUAUUUCAACUGUACUUGGGAGAUUUAUAUAUGUUGUAGGAACAAAGGCGAAGUUUAACUAUGGAACAUAUAUCUUUGAACAAACCUUGAAGCAUGCUGGAAGCUUCAGUAUUAAGGGUCCAAUUGCCUUCCCAUUCCGCCUGUGUGGUAUAAUUUUGGAUCAGUAUCCAAACAUUCUCAAUGAACAUGAUAUAGUGUGCAAAAGAGAGAGUCCCUUGGGCUUUGAUUACAAACUGUUUUAG